GUUGUAAGCAAGUGGUUGAGUGGGCGGCCGGUGGUGGCAAGUGGGACAGCGCAGCCGGGGGCUGGUUUCACAACAUGCCUUCGAUCGCCGGCGUUAACCACGAGCAAGGCAACCUACAGGAUUUCCAGCGGCUGUACUACUGUGCCCCACCAGGAGAUUCCUUCUGCGGACUGCCACCUUGCGCGGGAUGCAGCAGCCCACCCUGCAGUGAUUGCUUCGCAGGCAACCAGUUGUAUGCCAGCCUUCGCCCUGGCUGCGACGGGAAUGACAAGGGCGUUGGGUGCAUUCCGCCUAAGACUGCCAUGAGCUACAAGGGCCAGCACUGGCCGACCACGGUCGUCCAUGGAACUCAUGAGAUGCACAUCUUUGCUAUCGGUGAUUGGGGUGGCAUGGAUGGCUCCCUCGAUCCGCCAGAGGGACGGCCCACCAUCGUCGCCUACGAUUGGGGUCGUCGACCGGGUCCCAGCGUCUUUCCCAGGAGUCGCUGGAACAAAAUGCACGACGUGCAGUACUGCGAUCAUAAGCAGCUCGUGGAGUGCUUUAAUACUCGUGGCCAAGCUCCAUGUGCCCCAGAGUGCGGUUAUGUGGCAGGCGUAGACGAUCAGCCCCAGCUUCUGGUAGCCAAUGCCUUUAAAGCCCGCGCUGCGCUCGUCGACCCACAGUAUAUCCUCAACGUAGGUGACAACUUCUACUGGGGCGGUAUUGAGAAGACGUGUGGGAGUCCGAUGGAUCAGAUCUCGUACCCGACGAAGCACCAGUUUGACCAGAUCUUCGAAGGUGUCUAUCAGGGGGCCGGCCUCACCAACAAGCCUUGGUUCAGUGUUUUGGGCAACCAUGACUGGGGGGGCUUCAAGUUUGACAACGGCUGGGAUCAGCAGAUCUCCUACACCUGGGCCAGCAACCGCUGGGUCAUGCCCGCGCCCUACUACAAGACCUCCGUCGUGUACGCAGACCUCGGCUUCGACGUAGACUACUUUUUCUUGGACUCCAACUUCAUCGAUGCCAUGCCGCCAGAGGAGGACCCCAACCACAACAUGUGCAGCCGAAAGAACAACAAGCCCUCUGCCACCUGUGCUGCAGCGGAUGGACCCGAGUCCGUGGAUGCCUGCCCCGGCUGGUUCGCCUCGCUUUGGGCGGAGCAGAAGCCAUGGGUCAAGCAGCUCAUGGGAGAGAGCAAGGCGAACUGGCAGAUUGUGGUUACGCACUUUCCUUGUGGACAUGAGCAGGACUUCUAUGCAUCCCUGCGUGGCCUUGGCAUGGAUCUGCUGGUCACGGGCCACCGCCAUGACCAGGAGCUGUGGCUUCCUGACGACUACGCCAAGAACCAUAUGGGCGUCACCUGCAUCGUGACUGGUGGCGGCGGCGGCAUUACUUCCGAGGCUACGCCGAAUCCAGAGGAGACGGAGGACUGGUACGGCGAGGCACAGUAUGGUUUCUACGACCUCACCAUCAGUAAGUCGGAGAUUCUUGUCGAGUCCAUCAACUACGAUGGCGAAGUUCUCCUGACGCACACAGUGCACCCAUCACGGUGA